GUAAUCAUAGACGAGCAGCUGCAGAACAGGAAGUGACAGAAGCGGGGAAUUUAAAUGUUGUUUUCGGCAGUACAGAAUGAAGCGGUUUGAGGAAGUCGGUUUUGGCGUAAUUUAGUGGAGGAUAAUUGACAUGAAAUAUUAAUAUGGCAACAAAGCAGCUGGCAAAACAACUUGGAUUAAUACGGAAAAGCUCCAAAUUAUCAUAUAACUCAAAGAAUGCGUGUAGUCCCAAAUCUAAGCAAUAUUUUGAAUACUUGAUAAUCAUUGACUUUGAAUCGACAUGUUGGAAAGAUUCGAAGCAUUACGGUCAAGAGAUAAUUGAAUUUCCUGCAGUUUUAUUAAAUACUUCAAAUGGAGAAAUCGAGUCAGAAUUUCACACUUAUGUACAGCCCCAGGAACACCCUAUCCUUUCAGAAUUUUGUACAGAACUCACCGGAAUAAAACAGCAACAAGUGGAUGAAGGAGUUCCCUUAAAGAUCUGCUUGUCCCAAUUUUCAAGUUGGAUUCAGAAGAUUCAGAAAGAGAAGAUGAUAGUUUUCCUUACCACGUCACCAGAACGCCCUACAUCAGAGCAGAAGAUGUGUGGGUUUGUCACUUGGUCAGAUUGGGAUUUGGGAGUCUGCUUGUUGUAUGAAUGCAAAAGGAAACAGCUAAGAAAACCUGAAAUCUUAAAUUCAUGGAUCGAUCUCCGGGCAACUUAUAAGCUGUUCUACAAUCGCAAACCAAAGGGGUUGAAUGGUGCUUUACAGGAUCUGGGCAUAGAAUUCUCUGGAAGGGAACAUUCUGGUUUGGAUGAUUCCCGCAAUACUGCAAAGCUUGCUUGGCGAAUGAUUUGUGAUGGAUGUGUCCUGAAAAUAACCAAAUCUUUAGACCAGGUUCGUCCCAAGGUUUUUGCUGCGCAAACUUUACCAGCGCAACAAUGCUUUCCUGGUCCAAGUGGUGGAAUUCGUUCUUCAAUUAGGGUCAUUUUAGACGUUGACAAGCAGCCAUCAGAAAACUCUGAAACAUCUUCACACAGAACCCAGAACACGCCAAAGCCUCAUUCCGUUAUUGAAGUUAAUGGCCAAAUUAAGCAAGAUGACACCAUCAAACCUUCCAGUGGAAUCAAAAUCCAAGAAAUAUUACCACCCCAGACUUUAAUAAAUGGAUUAACAACUACUCUUGGCAAUGGCCAUAAGCAACGCUCAGGCAACCGAAAUCCAUUUAACUUGCAGAUUGGAGCCUUCACAUCUACACCUGUAGGCAACAGUUCUCUUGGGCAUGGGCAUUUGCUGGUCUCUACAACUAUUUCAACCGUGAACGACAUAUCUGCCUUAAAUAUAAGCUCCAGUACUGACUGUAUUUCCAUGUUGGCAGACUGGGAAGAUGCUGCUGUCAUAGAGGACUCCCAAGAAACCAUCAAAUCUGAUGAACUAAAAGGACUCACUUCGGUAUUGGACAAUUCUUCAACCUCUCUAUUGUCAAAAAAUGGUCAACAAAACUGCCAUGGAUUAACAAAUUUAGAAGAUAUUGGCUUCAAACAACAUUUGUCUAAUUCCAACUCUGUAGUUUAUAAAAGUGCAGAUACUACGAUUUAUAAUGUGAAGCAACAAGUGUCCCAUGGUUCGACUUUUAAAUUGCCCAGUACCUUGGCAAGCAAGCCAACUAAUAAUGUGUCAACCAACAGAUUAAGGCAGCAAAACAGCACACCUACACUUUUAAACUUCUUUCCGAAAAGGAAGCUUUCAAGUGUAAGUUUUUACUCCCCACCCAAAAAGCAACCCUUUACCAUACAUGAAGAUCAAGGCUCAACUUGUAACCGGUCCUUGCCGUUGGCCUCCAAUGGUUGUCACGGGGUGUUACACUCUACUGUGAACAUGAGUGAUUCUUUCAGGUUAGCAAAGAAUGGACGAAUUACUGCCCCAAUGUGUAAAUGUGGACGGAGGGCCAAGAAACUUACGGUGUCUAGUAUUGGACCUAACCAGGGUAAAACAUUCUACAGUUGCACAGUACGGAAGAGAAAUGACGAAAUAGGAAAAGGCUGUGAUUAUUUUAAAUGGGAAGAUACACUUCUUAAGGAAAAGGCUGCUCAUAGUUCAUCAUUGUUGUCCACAAGUAGACAUUCAGUUUCCUCUGGCACAACUUUCCUUUCUUCAGGAGCAUCAGUCUCUCGCAAAACAUUUUCUGGCCUUAGACCAUCUAUGAGAACUUAAAUCAUUAAAUGCUAGUUAAAAUCCAAAUGAGGAUGAUACUACACUUCAGGUCAAUAUCUGUUCAAGUGAGAAUUAUAAGUCCUAUUGUAUUUUUCAUUUGUACCAUUGUUCCAUCAUACUGUACUUAUACCAUAUGUAAGCAAAAGUACCAUUUCAUUAAAAAAGCCACACUGCCAUAAAAGCAUUCUUUGUCCAAGUUUGAUAGAAAAUAUGUAUUUUUCUAGUAGUCUCAUUUAGCAAAAAUGUUACAUUUCUAAAGAUAGCAACAGCCAUUACGAAAAUG